AUGCACCCGCUCAACCCAUACGUGCGUGCCUUCUUCAGAAGCGCGCUGCCCGCGCAAUGUCAGCCCAUCGGCCACCACGUCUUGCUCGUGCCUACCACCGAAGUCCUGCUCCGAGCCAAGGACCGCGAUUCGAAUACGUCCUACGCUGAUUUGGCCGGUACUGAGGAGUUCCUUGCCAGUCAUGUGCUACGUGUGCCUGGAGGAGGACCCCCACUGAGUUCAGGCGGCAGCGGCGGCGGCGGCGGCAAUGCGCGCGAGAACAAGAACAAGGCCAAACAGUAUACCACGAUUAACGGCCGUACGGUCGUGAUCAAGGACAGCUUCGUGUAUAGCAACAAGGGGUUCAAGACGCUGAACCAGGCGCAAUUGCUGUCCGAUUUCAUCUACUAUCCAGAUACUGCGGAUGGCCAACAAUGGCUAGUGUACUACAUCUCGCGGCCCUUGAUAGGAACAUAUCAGGCCACACCCAUCAUUCCCGCCGUCAUCAGUGAUGCGCCGAGCCAGGAGCGCAAAAGGGUGCUGGCAGAGGUAUCAGGGGAUGCAGGCGCAUCGGGUCCAGCGACAGGACCGCUAUUACCAAAGAAGAAGGAGAUUAAGGGGUUUGGAGAUCUGCUGGUUCAGUUCCCCAUGAUUUCGCGACAGAUUCACAGCGGGCUGGAGCAGGUGAUUCGUGAUUUCUUAGCAGCCAACGACAAACCGCUGCCCAAGCCCAAGUCGCGAAGCUCCUCUUUCAGCUCCCAAGCUUCACGACCAUCAGUCAGUGACUCCGUGUCUUCGCACAAGUCGUCAUUGUCCGGAACUAGCUCCAUACACGCCACGUCCCUGAAGUUGGAGCCUGAGGAGGAGACACUGCGGACUGCGCUGGAAACAGCCAUCAUUGCUGCGAUCGAUUUGUUCCAGAACGUGGAUAAACAGCAGUUGUCGAUUCUAGGAGCAAACACGGACCUCACCGGACCAGUGGUCGAACGCAUGAUUGAGCGUUAUGUUACGGAGCAAGUCCACGACCAGAACCUAUUCCCUAGAGUAUGCGCCAUCCGCCGGCCGGACGACUCAGACCUAGACUCGAAAAUCCGCAAAAUGUCGGAUAUUGACAUCGCUCAGGUCGGCAUACCCGCUGACGGUGGAAUGAAGUCAAAGCGUGCGCUGGCAGUACGACUGAACAAAGGAAUUGAGAUAUUCAAGAGGAUGGGUGUUGCCAGCAGCCCCGAGGAGAUGCUGGAAAUUCUGGUCAAAACCCAAAGAGUGAUUACAGAACCCGAUGACACUGACGACGAAGUCACUGCAGAUGGUACCCUGUCCGCCGGUGGCACAACCUCUUUGACGAUCAACGCUGAUAUUCUUGUGUCCAUGCUGCUCAUCGUGGUCUUGCGCAGCGGGGUGAGGCAUCUUCAUUCGCGACUGCUGUAUAUGCGUUACUUUAUCUUCAUUGAUGAGGUUGAGAGUGGUGAGCAGGGAUAUGCUUUGGCGACGUUUGAAGCAGUGUUGUCGCACUUGUCUAGCCGCUCAACCACACUGCGUAAAGCUAGCAAGAAAAAUAGGCUGUUAUGGCAAGCAGUCAGGACUGGAGACGUCAAGGCUUUGACCACAAUCUUCCAGGUUGCAAAUGUCUCCGAAGACACUAUUUAUAUGCCCGCUUCACCACUCGCAACGUCUCCGGACUCUUCCGAAGACGAAGAAGAUACUGUGGACUCUUUGCUCGACGGCGAAGCGACUGGAGAUCCCGAUUUUGCAACAGUCAAUGGCUCACUGCAACAUGUGUUCCCCUUUCAAAAGCCACCAACACCGCCUCCUGAGCUUCCUCCGCGCAAGGUGAAGAAACAUGUUUCCAUGGCAUCUCUACCCCGAAGUCAAUCUGCUUCGUCGGCAUACUCAUCCCGGUCUCAUUCGCGGCGAAAAAGUAUGGAUUCGGAUGAUGACUACAACGGCGGAGGAGAUCUGUCUGUGGACAAGCUCGCGCAGACGCAAGAUGGAGAUGGGAACUCUGUGCUGAUGAUGGCAGUCGAGGCUGGCAAACACGAAGCGCUGAAGUUCCUAUUGAGCUUGCCUGCACAUUUUCGUACCAGCUUCAUACUCGAGGACGUGAACAACGAUGGCGCAACGCUAUUGACAGCCGCGGUCCAGUCCGGAAAUCGGACAACGACCGACGAGCUCAUUCAUUACCUCGAUAACAAUGCCUCGGAAGACGAGCUACGACACUACCUUGCGAUACAGGACAAUAAGGGUCGUUGUUUUGCACACUACCUCUUCCACCAACCCCACCUCAUUCAGCGAUUUGGGAAGAAGCUUCCCUGGCGACUAAAAGACAAAAAUGGACAAACGCCACUGUUCGCAUUGUGUAGAUCCUACGAUCACGAGCAGUACCAUGGUAUGGUCGAAGAGGCUCUGAAGAUUGCGACGCAAGCACAAGGUGAUGGCGAGCCUUUGCAUCUGGACGACCAUGUUGACGCAAAGGGCAACACUCUUCUGCACAUCAUGAAUGACAUGCGUCUCACCACGCGGCUGUUACGCCAUUGCGACUCGGAUGUGAAUGCUGCCAACGACAAGCGCUUCACUCCUUUGAUGGUGGCGAGCAAGUAUGGCCGGGUAGAUCUGGUUCGAGCACUCUUUGGAGAUCCACGGGUGGACAUGACUUUAAAGGACCUUCGUGGGCUCACAGCUGUUGAACUGGCCAAAGAUGAUGAUGUGAGGAAUCGUAUCGAUGAUCUGACUCUGCUUUCAACGCCGCCCGAUGCCGACGGCCGCACCACCACCGUAGUCCGGUCUUUCUUUGUGGAAGAUGCUACCGUGCGGCUUGUCCUCAAAUCUGGUGCCCCAAACUCCGCCGGCCUCAUUACCGUAACUACAAGUCGACGAUCGGUCGCUGAUUUCGAGAACUUGUCGAGAUGGCUUGCCAUUGAAUGUCCAGCCAGCUGGAUACCGACCAAUUUCAAGCUCUCAUCACCAUUCUUAGUGCCAUCCAAGCCGUCGCGCGCACUUCUCAGGGAUAUUCAGCUUCGAAUGGAUGCGUUCUUUCACCACUUGCUCUCCCACGGCACUUUCUCAACGCACGAACUGGUGUGGGAGUUUUUCCUGGUGCCAGAGUUGGACUCAGAUAUGCUCCUCGAACGCAGCAGACGCAAAGCAGAAGCACGCGUCGACAACGUCAAAGACGACUUUGAGCCCAUCUCGGACACGUACGAAGUUGAGAAUUUCGUCGAGCACGCCCGAGAACAAAUCAAAGGCGUCACAUCGGCGACCAAAAAAGUCAUUCGCGAGAUCAAUAAACAUCGCAUGCUCAACAAUGAUAUCUCGGAUGCUCAAAAUCUUGCAUCAUCCGCUUUCGAAACCAUCAAUUUUCUCCCUUCCCAAUACGGCACUGCGAUCGCACGCUACACCAAACUUCUCGCUCCGACUGAGUCCUCACCCUUCACCGCCAUGUACUACAGUCUCCACUCCUCACUGUGUUCCUCCUCGGCCCUCCAGACCUCGACCAACCGACCCGCAUACCUCAUCGGUUCGAUGCAGCAAGCCCAACGCACCAUUGACCGCAGCAAAAAUAGCAUUGCGCGGAGCAACCGGUGGACACCCAAUCUGGGCAUUUCCUUCUUCGAGGAUGCGAAGAAGUCGGUCAAAAUGGAUGCGUGGGAAAAGGCGUCCAAGGCGCGAAUGGAGUACGAGGCGUUGGGGAGUGAGUUGCGCUAUACGCAACAGACGAUUGCCGGGGAGUUGGCGGUCUGGCAGGACGAACACGUGAGAGCAGGGAGGGAGAUGUUGAGACGUUUGGCGAGGGAGAUGGUGGUCAAGGAGAAGGCGAGGUUGGAAGGGAUGAAGAGGGCUUUGCGGGCUGCUCGAGGUGGUGGUGGAGGGGUGGGGAAGUAAUGUCCAUGACGGAAGAGGAGGAGGUGGAGGAUGGUGAUUGACAGAGGCAAUAUCAUCAUGUAUAUUAUACUAACUAGCAGACCACGCGUUCUAGUAGUAAUGGGUAAUGUUAGUCAAUUUCGCCAUUUCGUCAAG